AUGGAAAAGUGUUUGUCCUCGGAAAGAGGUGUUUUUAGUUCAGGAGCAUUAGAUUUCUAUGGGACAUCAGAGUUUAGAAAAAUUUCAAAACAAAUAAAAAAUAAAACUCCUUCCCUAAUUAACGAGAGUAAUAAAGAGAAUUUUAGGAAGAAAUGCCUCGAAUUGGUUGAUUUUCUAAUACAGAAUAAAAAUGCACCACUUUACAAAAAUCAAAAUAAGUGGGAAGGAACAUUAAAAUAUUGGGCAGCAUCUCACUAUAAACCGCUAGCCCAAAAAUAUGGUGGAUGUUUUCCGAUUUUUGAUGAUAAAGAAAAAAAAAUUUUAGAACUGAAUUAUGAAGCACUAAAUUUCUGCGAAGAAAAAAACAAUAGACAGAAUGAAAUAAAAUGCCUUAUAAGUGAACAUAGAAUUUCAAGUGAAUGUGAUGAAACAUGUUCAAGUAAAAUUGAUGAAUAUAAUGCGUGGAUUAAGGAAAAACUUACGCAUUUUAGUACACAGAAAGUGCUCAUACAAAGUAAUUGCAAAAAUACACAGUCCCAAUUUCCAACAAGAAAAUGUGACAUACUUAAUCCUAGAACAUUUCGCGAACUUCCUACAUGCCGAGUUAAACAUGCAGUUGCCCGGAAACAGCCUGAAUCUGCAGAAAAAAAAACAAUUCCUCCAGAUGCUGAUCAAACAACAGAUAGCGUUCAAUCUAAUCCUCCAGAUUCACAGAAACAAGACUCGCAACUUCUAAGAGGAGAUCAAGAAAAAAUUGAACUAAAAACUGAACAAGAAAAAGUUCGACAGGAUCUUGAACCUCAAACUGAUGCACUACCUUCAACGGAAGCUUCAAGUACUCAAGGUGACAGCAAGGAAAUUCAGGAUCCUCAACCUAGAAAAGAACAAGCAUCAGCAGCUUCUGAAAACGAAGAAGUAAUAUCAUCAGAUGGUUCUACAUUUUCUUCAAAGUCAGAAGAAUCGGUAGAUCCCCUUAGGUUUGAAACAACACCUUCACCUAUUUCUGCAUCAUUUCCUGUUCCACCUUCACUUACUCCAUCUGAAUACAAUAUAUUUUCAGGUCAAGUAGUAAAAAAAUCUAACACUCAUACAGCAUCUAUUUUAAUCAGUAUUCUUACUAUUAUUGUAUUUUCUUUUUUUAUUAAAUACGCAUUAAUAGGGAUGUUUAAAAAAAAAAAAAAUAUAAAAAGAAAACAAAUGAAAUUUCUUAGAAUAAAAGUACCUUCACGAUUUGAUAAAAAAAGUAAGUUUUUCACAGAUGAUCAUUCAGAACACGCAGUGUAUGAUGAUGAAGAAAUCAUAAAAAAAAUUAAAAUAAAUGAACGUAGAAAAAAAGUAAACUUGUCGAAGCAAAAAAAAGACAGAUCCAAAAUCAUAAUAGAAGUACAUAUGGAAGUACUCGAAGAAUGCAUAAAUGAAGAUUGGGAAAACCACAAAGACGAAUUCUUAAAAAUAUGUAUAGAUGAGUUCACGAAAAAGGAUUAUACAAUCUAUCCCAAUUUAAAAGAUGAUGAUCUAAUAAUAGAAAAUAUUAAAUGUAUCAGUGAUAUUAAAAAACAACAUAUUCUAUGGAAUAAAUGGAUACAAAGACAUAGAAAUCUUUCUCAAAAUCUGAAAAAAGACGAUUGGUUUAAUAAUUUGAAGGAUGAAUGGAAAAGAGAAGUAUCUUACAUACAAGAAAUGGAAGAAAUAAAAAAGAAAUCGUCAAAUGAAAAUCAAAAGGUUUCAUUUUUAGAAAGGGAAAAAGAUAUAUGGAGACAGUGGAUAUCAAAAAAGGGUAUGAUUAUACAACAACAUCUUGAUCAGUACUGGAAUAAUGGAUUAGCAGAGGAGUUGCAGAAUAUCUCAGAUGAAUGUGCAAAUGAAGAUACUAAAAAUUAUGUAUCACUAUUAAAUGUAGAAGAAUUGCAGCACAAAGAAAAUUAUGUAGAAUUAUGUAAAUAUAUAAAAAAAAAAUUAUUAACAAAGUUUUGUAUUCUCGUGCUUAUAACAGUAUUAGAAGAAUAUAAAAAUGAGGUAAACCUUGAAAAUAGGGAUUCAUAUUUGGAUAGAUCCAUAAAUGAAUGGAAAGGAGAAGGAUAUUCAAGUAAAAAACAAGAAAUUACAGAAAAUAUAAUUGAAUAUAAUAAAAAUUAUAUAGAAAAUAAAAGAAAGGAUACGGAAAGAUAG